AUUUGACUCACACCGUCUGCAAAUUGUGCAACCACAAACAUCAAUAAGAGCACAAUGCAGUGACAGUUGUGAAUUAAGUGGAAAAGCAGGGACAAUGGGCGUGGAUCAAUUUCGUUGUGGUUUUAUCUGGCACUUUUCUCGGGAAACAAUAAAUCAAUUCUAUUUCGUCCUAUAAAACUGGGUGAUCUUGGAUUCAACAUCUCAAUUCCGUCCACAACCAUGGCGUUCCUUCGAUUUUUACUAUUUUUUGGGAUUUUAGUGUCAUUUUCCCCACAACUACUCACCACUGCUCAAGUUAUUAACUACUUUGGGGUAGCCUUCUCCCCAUACGUGAAAAAUGCCCCUUUUCCAAAUUGGGAUACAUACACUUUGGAAGAAAUAAAACAAAUGCUUUCCAUCGUCCUCACAAAACACAACGCUGUUUCCAGCUAUGGCAUGGGCGUCGCAUCUUACAACAACGGGAAAAAUUGGGAUCAGUGUGACAGCAACUGUUUAAUCUCUCGAGCCGCCGCCCACAUAAAUCGUGACCACAAUUCCGUCGUUCUUUCCGUCUCUCAAGGAAUUUACCAACAUGACGAUGGAGGAUUAAUGUCACGUGAAAUCAACAAUGCUUUCUCUGCUGCACAAGACGCCAACACCAUUUUCGGUGGAACCGUGUGGGGUUUGGUUUUCACGAACGAAUUCGUCACGGACUCCAGCAAUGGGCCGAGAGUACUUCAAAUGAUUCGAGACAACAAGGCGCGUGCGCAUGGGAUGAAUCUUCGCGUUGGAACGCGAGUUCAUACCUGUGGCGAAAUAUGGGGAGGGAAUAAUCAAGCUAUUUUACAACAAAUUGCAGCCGAAUCAGAUUUUAUCAUGUGCAAUUUGUAUCCACCGUACAACGCGAAUGAUCCAGCGAGAGCCGUUCAGGCCAUUUCAGAUGCGUAUUACAGCGCACGCGAUGGUUUUUGGAGGACGAAUCCACAAUUGGAAGUUAUUAUUGGUGAGACUGGAUGGGCGUCAGAGGGAGAAACUUUUAACAAUGCUGUAAACACGAUUGAAAAUGAGAAACGAUUUUGGGAAGGGAUGAGAGAUUGGUCAUCCGCUAAUCGAGUUAAGGUUCAAAUGUUUGAAGCAUUUGACGAACCCUGGAAAACGGGGAUGGAAGGCGAGAAGCAUUUCGGGUGGUGGUACAGGCCGAAUAACAACGAAGCCAGAUACAUUGAAAAGGCCACGGGACAAGUUUAUCAGUGAUUUUAAUUUAAUUUAUAUUUCUGGCUGGACAAUAAAUGCGAAUAAUUUACAUCUCUAA